AUGACGCAUUCUACAGCCUCAGCAGACCAUGGCGGACGCACAAAAGACCAAGCCAGCACUGACGGUGCAAACGGCAUCCCUACCACCCGAGGAGAAGAAACCAGCAGCCCCUCCAGCAAAGACCUCGAGCAGCUCUGGCGCUGGAACGAGCACGUCCCAGACGCUGUUUACGAGUGCAUCCACGAUAUCAUAUCGCGACAGGCCGCCGGCCGAGCACAGGAUGUGGCUGUCCAGUCAUGGGAUGGCGCCCUGACGUACGGGCAAGUCGAGGCCAUGUCGGCGCGCGUUGGGCGCGACCUGCGCCGCCGCGGCGUGGCCACGGGCAUGGUUGUGCCGCUGUGCUUUGAGAAGUCAAAGUGGACAGUGGUUGCGCUGCUCGGCGUCAUGAAGACGGGCGCGGCGUUCUCCCUGACAGAUCCUAGCCAGCCGGAAGCUCGACUGAGAACGAUUGUCGAGCAGACAGAGGCCACCAUCAUGGUGACGUCGACGCUGCAGAAGAGUUUGGGACAGGCAAUUAUCGGUGCGGGAGAUAUAGUGGAUAUCUCGCAAGAGUAUUUUGACAGUGAAGAUACGACACAAGACGAGCCACUGCCCAAGGUCGAUCCGAAUGCGUCCAUGUAUAUCAUUUUUACGUCAGGAAGUACAGGCAAACCCAAGGGCGUGGUGAUUUCGCAUCUGAGCUUUACAAGUGGCACAUUACCUCGAUCAAAGGUCGUGGGAUAUAAUGAAAAUUCGAGAGUGUUCGACUUUCCAUCGUACGCAUUCGACGUUAGUCUCGACUGCAUGCUGUGCACGCUUUCUGCGGGCGGCACGGUCUGCGUUCCUUCGGAUGAGCGCCGAGUCAACGAUCUCAGCGGCGCUAUUCGCGAUUUCAAAACAACGCUUCUCGCCGUCACACCUUCAGUUGCUCGCGUGCUCGAUGCCGACAUCAUCCCGUCGCUAGAUGUCCUUGCGCUAGGCGGCGAGGCUGUAUCUUCCAGUGAUGCCUUGGCCUGGGGCAAAACAACAGGCAUCGUUAUCGGCUACGGUCCGUCUGAAUGCACCGUCGGCUGCACAAACAACAACACCGUGUCCGUGUCCACUGGCAUCGGCUUCGGUGUUGGCGGUGUCACAUGGAUUGUCGACCCAGACGACCACAACAAGCUUGUUCCUAUUGGCGCUGUUGGCGAACUCAUCAUGGAAGGCCCCGUCGUGGGAACAGGAUAUCUCGGUGAGCCUGAAAAGACAGCGCAGGUCUUUAUUGAAGACCCAACGUGGCUGCUCGCUGGCCACGGCAGCGUUCCUGGCCGCAAAGGCAGACUCUACAAGACGGGCGAUCUCGUCCGCUACGAGUCCAACAUGCUCGGUUCUAUUGAGUUUGUCGGCCGCAAAGAUCAGCAAGUCAAGCUGCGCGGCCAGCGUGUCGAGCUCACCGAAGUCGAGCACCACGUACAAAGCUGUCUCCCCGCGGGCAUCAAAGUAGCCGCUGAAGUCAUCAAGCCUGAAAACGGCGUCCCUACACUCAUUGCCUUUCUCAGUGAGCCUGGCUGCACAUAUACAGAUCUCUUUGCAGAGCCAUCAGCCACCCUCGCCGACUCACUCACCACAAUCGAGGCCAACCUCGGCGCCAAGGUCCCGCGAUACAUGAUCCCCGCGGCCUUCAUCACACUCAACGCCAUGCCGUCCCUCGUAUCCGGCAAACUCGACCGCAAGCGCCUCCGUGAGAUCGGCCUGUCCAUCCCACGGUCCUCCCUCCAAUCCUCCGACGACAACAUCCCGCAAGACGAGCCCGCCACUCCCACCGAAAAGAAACUCCAAACCGCAUGGACCAAAGUCCUUGGCAGCUCCAUCCCCGUAUACCGCCAAAGCAACUUCUUCAAUCUCGGCGGCGACUCCCUCCGCGCCAUGCGUCUCGUCGCUGCCGCCCGCGAAGAAGGUAUCACCCUCACCGUCGCCAACAUCUUCACAUCGCCCACUCUCUCCGGCAUGGCCUCCCACUGCGUUGCCACAUCUGCAUUGGACGCCAGCAUCCCAGCAUUCUCUCUUCUCCCACCGUCUUGGUCCGAAUCUGCUGCCCGGGAAGCCGCCGCGCCCUUCUGCCGCGUCGCCCCCCAAGACAUCGAGGACAUGUACGCCUGCUCGCCCCUCCAAGAGGCCCUGAUGGCGCUCUCCGCAAAAGUAAAGGACGCUUACAUCUCGCAGCGCGUCAUCGACUUCACUUCGGUGGACGAAGCCUCACAGCUGCUCGCCGCAUUCGAGCUCGCGCACAACAACUGCCCGGUCCUCCGCACGCGCAUUGUCCAGAUCCCGCGCCAGGGACUCUUCCAGGUCGUCAUCAAGAACGACUACACGGCGGCCCGUGGCGACAAUCUCCAAGCGUAUCUUGCCGCAGACCGCGCUGACGACAUGGACCUCGGAAAGCCGCUUAUCCGAUACGCCCUUAUCCAGGAGGCUGAGCGCGUGUGCUUCGUGCUCACGACGCACCAUGCAAUCUACGACGGAUGGUCCAUGCCGCUCGUCGUCGACCGCGUCAACAGAGCCUACGGUGGCGAAAUCGUCACUCGACCUGCAGAGUUCAAGCAUUUCAUCAAGUAUUUGAAUAGCAUGGACAGAGAUGCUUCAGCGGCGUACUGGAAGAAGCAGCUAGAGGGCACGAAUCCGCUACAGUUCCCCCAGAUUCCUGCGAUUGGAUAUCAAACUAGCUCAGACUCGCUGCUUGAGUCGUACGUAUCGCUCGGCAAGACGCCGCCCUCAGGAACCACCAUGGCGACGAUUAUCCGCGCAGCAUGGGCCAUUGUUUCAGCGCAGUAUGUGCACGGCAACGACGUCGUCUUUGGCGAGACGCUGACUGGGCGCAACGCACCGAUCGUCGGCGCCGAGGAGAUUGAAGGGCCCAUGAUCACCACGAUCCCGUUCCGUCUGACGGUCGACGAGGAGAUGUCUGUCGCCGAGUUCCUCCAGACCGUGCAGGACCAAGUCAUCGAGCAGAUCCCCCAUGAGCACUAUGGUCUGCAGCACAUUCGCCGCCUGAGCCCAGAUGCGCUGGAAGCAUGUGAGCUGCGCACCGGUCUUGUUCUGCAUCCUCGCACCGGCGAUGAAGCAGUUCCCGACGAGACAUACCCAACUAGCAAACUUGUCCCUGCGAGCGAUGAGCAAGCCGCGCAAGAAGCCCUCAAGUUCAACACGUAUGCGCUGAUGCUCGUCUGCGCCAUUGAUACGCAGGGCUUUUCCGUUAUGGCCAGCUUCGACUCACAUACCAUCGAUAUGCCCACUAUGCAGCGUGUACUCGCCAAGUUUGAAGCUGUGGCCAAGGGCCUCUGCGACAAGAUGGGCGCUCAGCUUAGCCAAUUCACAGGUCUCAGCAGCGAGGACGAGGCAACUCUGCAGCCGUUAUACGAGAGUGCAUCUACACAGUCUGUUCUGCAGGGCUUUCCUGGAGCCGACGCCGCAUACAUCAUCAACCCUACCUCGCCGUCGACUCCUCUGGCGCCUUCAGCUGUCGGUGAGCUUGUCUUGACCAGUACGGCUACUCUAUCUCUCCCAUCCAUUACCUCUCCGUCAUGGAUCCCAUCACCAGUAGUCUACAAGACAGGUAAACUAGCACGCUACAUCUCUUCCUCCAUCCAGCUGCUCUCCACACCUGUCCCUGUCACCAUCGCACAGCCAAACAGAAAGAAAAUCAGCGCCACAUCCCGCAAGCAGCGCCAUCUCCGCACUCUCUGGAGCCGUGUGCUCGGUAUCCCCGAACAGGACAUCUCGCUCGACGACAGCUUCUUUGCGCUUGGCGGCGACUCCAUCUCUGCCAUGAAACUUGCCUCAGAGGCCCGGUCCGAGGGCAUCAAGGUCACUGUCGCCGACAUGUUUGGCAACAAGGAGCUGUUUGCCAUGGCCAAGGUUGCCGUAGAAGUAGACGCCCCAGUGGCCGCUGAGCCAAUCAAGCCUUUCUCACUACUCGACUCGCCAGAUACUGCCGUCAAAGAGAUUCAAAACAUGCUUGAAGAUCCGUCGUGGACUAUUCGCGAUGUCAUCCCCACACGGCCACUCCAAGAAAUCGCCGUACAGGCAACAAUUACUCUGCCGCGCUUCUCGCUGCGAUACGAAGUGAUUUCAUUUAACACGCCCAUUGACAUUGCCCGUCUCCAAGCUGCCUGUCAAUCACUUACAUCGACCUUUGAAAUCCUCCGCACCGUCUUUGUAUCCCACAACAACAAGGGCUACGGCGUCAUUCUGGAAGACCACCCCGUGCAAUUCGAGCAGCACGUCGUCUCAGGACCAUUCGACGAGGCCGUCAAGCAAGUCUACAACAAGGACAUCUUCACCUCGAUGCCCCUAGGCUCACGGUUCGUCAAGUUCCUGUACAUUUCGUCGCCCGAGACGACAUCCUCUGCGCUCGUCUUCCGCAUCUCCCACGCACAAUACGACGAAAUGUGUCUGCCCUCCAUGCUGCAAUACCUCGCUGCGGCCUAUCAAUCCCCUACACCUCCCACAAGCAACACCGUGCCGUUCUCAACGUACAUACACCACAUUGCGCCCCUGUUGCCCGCCAGCAUGGCCUACUGGAAGAAUCUCCUCGCCGGCUCGUCCAUCUCAACCAUCCGGCCCUCUCUUCCACUCCUCGAGCGUCGCCACUUUGCAGUUGAGCGCACAAUCCCUAUUACACUGCGCUCCAACACGACUAUUGCGACGAUCCCGCCAGCUGCAUGGUCUCUGGUGCUAGCGCGCCGCCUCAACGUCCGCGACGUUGUCUUUGGUGAAGUUGUAUCUGGACGCUCCAUCUCCGAUACGCCCUUUGCAGCAGACAAAGUAGCCGGUCCGACAUGGCAAUACGUUCCCUUCCGCUUAUCGUUUACCGAGUCGUGGACGGUGGCCGAUCUACUCGCGCACGUUCAGCUGCAGCACGCACAAACCUCGGAGCACGAGAUUCUCGCGCUGGACGAGAUUGCACCCCAGGUUGGCUGGACACCCUCUCAUCUUGUAGCAGACAAUGAGGCCGCGACACCCGAGGACAAGGUCGACAAGACGUGGUGGUUUGACACGGUCGUCCAUCAGGCGAUCCAGGCCACCAAGAAGCUGUCAUCUACUGCUGGUGACGACUUUAGUUCCAAGCUCGAGACGGUCUACUUGCAUGAAGAACCUCUCCGAGAGUGGAAGAUCCAGGCAUACAUUUCGCCAGACAACGAUACGCUGACGCUCGAGGUCGUCACUUUUGAGAGCUGGGCGCCAGUGGCAAGGGAGCUGCUUGAUGAGGUUUGUGAGGCUGCUGCAUUCUUGAUGGGGAAUUCUCAGGCCGAGCUGUUCCCUAAUUGCAGUUAG